AUGGGUGUAAACGGAAUUACAGAAGCAUUCGUAGCUGCCGUGGCCUCUGAAAAAGUUCUUGGGUCUUUAAACUAUUGGUUGAUGGUCUUUUCUGCAGGAUUUUGUCUUGCUGGCGUGUUAUUCGUACGUGUACUUUCGCUCGGAGCGAUUGGACUUGUUGUGGCGAAUAUAUUUAACUUGUCAAUGCGUAUUAUUUGGAGCUGGGGGUUUAUUCGCAAGUAUUUCUUAAAGAAUCGCAAUGGAAACGCACUUUCAGAUUUGGAACGCCAGCUAUCACCGAGAAAUCUAAUACCGAAUCCAGCAGUUGUAGCGGCUUUUGCUCUGGGCUGGGUGGUCACUUAUUGGUCAGAUCAGGAAAUCGGAUGGAUGUCUUUGAACGCCAAGAUUUGGCAUUUUGCAAUUGGUUGUGCUUGCGCGCUCAUCGUCUUGGGUGUGAC